AUGUCUUGUGCACACCGCUACGCCAUGCUUGGAUCAGCUGCCGCCGUGAACUUGACAUCCCGCCUUACGGUGGGAUCAACUAGUGAACCAACAGCUAAACCACGGGCAACCAGUGAACCAACAGCUAAACCACGGGCAACCAGUGAACCAACAGCUAAACCACGGGCAACUAGUGAACCAACAGCUAAACCACGGGCAACUAGUGAACCAGCAGCUAAACCACGGGCAACCAGUGAACCAGCAGCUAAACCACGGGCAACUAGUGAACCAACAGCUAAACCACGGGCAACUAGUGAACCAACAGCUAAACCACGGGCAACCAGUGAACCAACAGCUAAACCACGGGCAACCAGUGAACCAGCAGCUAAACCACGGGCAACUAGUGAACCAACAGCUAAACCACGGGCAACUAGUGAACCAACAGCUAAACCACGGGCAACCAGUGAACCAACAGCUAAACCACGGGCAACCAGUGAACCAGCAGCUAAACCACGGGCAACUAGUGAACCAACAGCUAAACCACGGGCAACUAGUGAACCAACAGCUAAACCACGGGCAACUAGUGAACCAACAGCUAAACCACGGGCAACUAGUGAACCAACAGCUAAACCACGGGCAACCAGUGAACCAACAGCUAAACCACGGGCAACCAGUGAACCAACAGCUAAACCACGGGCAACUAGUGAACCAGCAGCUAAACCACGGGCAACUAGUGAACCAACAGCUAAACCACGGGCAACUAGUGAACCAGCAGCUAAACCCGGGCAACCAGUGAACCAACAGCUAAACCACGGGCAACCAGUGAACCAACAGCUAAACCACGGGCAACCAGUGAACCAACAGCUAAACCACGGGCAACUAGUGAACCAACAGCUAAACCACGGGCAACCAGUGAACCAACAGCUAAGCCACGGGCAACUAGUGAACCAGCAGCUAAACCACGGGCAACUAGUGAACCAACAGCUAAACCACGGGCAACCAGUGAACCAACAGCUAAACCACGGGCAACUAGUGAACCAACAGCCUGAGCAGCGGGAAUCCCAGGCAGCCCCCAGGUCCAUACCUGAGCUUUUGGAUGACGAGGACAUUGGCCUACGUCCUAACCAAGGAAUGCCCCCUCCCAGCAAACCUGUCUUUCCCCCAAAACCUAGGACCCCUAACCAGGCCACAGAACAAAACCGGAGGAAGAGCCCUUCCAGACAGACACGCCAAAGAGAUGACUCAUGGACAAACUACGGAGGGCGGAACGGUCGAGACAGAUCCAGAGCUGGGUGGGAAAAUACAGCAAGGAAUAACAGGGACAGAUAUCGAGGAAACAUAGGGUAUAAAAACAGAGACCCCUCCCCUAAGCAGAACUACCGCCCUAACGAUAAAGCACGAGAUAAGAAUUCUUCAUACUGCCUUCAUCCAUGUUAG